AUGUGUUGUCACAAUAAUGUCAGAUAAAAUAAUGUUUCAAAAAAUCCUCUUAUUUUGAGAAGUUGUGUGAAGGGUGAAGUUGGUUUCACUUCCUGCAAUGCUACAUGAAAUCACAACAGGCAAUGUGUCAAAACAAGGACAGUUCUUGUCAUAUCUUCAACAUGCAGUUUCAUAUUUUUCCGAUGUUUCUCGGCGUGGCAUAUUUUGUUGUAUCGACAGCUGAAUUUUCUCCUCCAGUGGUAAACAUCAGUCUGGACGUGCCUGCAGAUCAGCGAUGGGCUCCUCUGAAGAAUCUGUAUGACAUUAAUUUCUUGAGAAAAGCAGCAUCUGAAGUAAUCGACACGACUGUUCCCAAAUGGGUCCAUGAUGCCAUUAAACCUGUAGUGAGAGCGCUGGAGAAGUACAUCCCUCAACCAUAUGCUGGAGAAAUAAAGGGCAUGGCUUCAAUCUAUGGAUCUGACAUUUCAGAUAUUGUACUUUUAAACUUUGCAUAUGAAGUGUCUGCGUUCUGCACCAGUAUUGUAACUCAGGACACAAAGGGAAAUAUAUACCAUGGCAGAAACCUAGAUUACCCCCACGAUGUACUAAAAAAUCUAACACUUGACAUUCUUUUCAUAAAAAAUGGAAAGGUAGCAUACAGGGGAACUUCUUUCGCUGGUUAUGUUGGGUUGUGGACAGGACAAAGCCCCAACAAGUUUACAGUGUCUGGCAAUGAACGCAAUAAGGGACAUUGGUGGGAGAAUAUAAUCUCAGCUGUUUUGUUAAAAAGUUCUCCAGUUAGCUGGCUAGUGCGAGAGACUCUUGAAAAUGCUGUGGAUUUCCAGGAUGCAGUAUUGAGGCUGGCCAAAGUGCCGAUCAUUACGGAUGUUUAUUAUGUUGUGGGUGGCACUCAUCCUGGCGAAGGUGUGGUCAUCACCAGAGACAGGAUAGGUUCAGCUGAUAUCUGGUCCCUGGAUCCACUCAAUGGAAAUUGGUACAGAGUUGAAACAAAUUUUGACCACUGGCUACCCACCCCUAAACAAGACAAGCGACGGCAAGUGGCUAUGAAUGCAUUGAAUGUCACUGGUCAAGAUCAUAUUAGUAUGGACUGUCUGUAUCAGGUUUUAUCUGUGAUUCCAGUAUGUAACCGGAUCACAGUUUAUACAACAGUUAUGAGUGCAGCCAUACCUGACAACUACACAACAGUCAUCAGAAAUAUGCAUACGAUGGAAUAAGGCGUUCUCCUGACCGUCUAUUUUUGCCCAGCUUAAUUUGAAUAUCUAAUUAGGAGAACAAAAUGCUUUUAAACAUCACUUUCACAAUAUUGAUGAUCACAAUUUUCUCUCUUAAACCUAACACUGAAGGGAUUCUAAGGGAAGUUUUACUAACAAGAUUUUAGAUUUAUUUUAAUGCAUUGUACAAAACUAUUGUUAAAAAUUCUAUAAAUGGAAAUAAAUUGAUGACAGCUAUUGUUUUACUUAAUAAAAUUAUUAAAAAGAUUUUUAAUGUUGUUGAAUUUCCAAUUCAUACAACUGUUUUAAUUAUUUGAGUAAAGAUUAAACAUAAAUAAUUAAAUGAAGCCUUUUUUCCUAAAUUUAAGCUGUACUAAGCUUGGGUAAGCUGUGUCAGUGGUUCAUCUAAUGGUUAUUGUUUGCUUUGCAUCCAAAUGCAGGAAAUACUAUUACAUAUGUUGUCUUAUUUUUAAUAAACUGAUCUUAUUUUAAAAUUUUAAAUAAUGCGAUUUUAAUUGUAUAAUCAUUUUAAAUGUAGUAUUAUUGUUUUUAUUUUGUAAUGUAAAUUGUUUACAUUUUACCCAUUGAUUACUUGAGCUUACCCCUAACAUUUAAGUCUUAUUUCUAUUGCCCUAUGUUAUAGACACCCUCUUGUUAUUUCAGUUAAUUGUUGAUAGACAUCCUUCGAUAUUAAGUACAAUUUCCCUUGCCUAGUAUAGAAAUGCAUUGCCAUUUUGCAUAAACAUUUCAAAUUGAAUUACGCAAGCCACAUGGUUCCAUAUCCUAGAGAAAAUUUACACAGCUUACCCUUUCCAGCUUUCCCUCCUAAAUAUCACAAUGGAUUUAUGUUUAGUUCAUUACAAUUAUUAUAAAAUGUGAUAUGCUACUGUACAAAUGUGAUAAGGCAAGAAAUGCUUUUACAUCAGUUCUAUUUUAUUUUAUUUUUUGUAACAUAUUUCACAACCUUGCAUUUAUGCUAUACUUGACAUGCCAACAUCCUCCAAGCAUCUCCAUCUGCUGCCAAAGGCUGCCCUUUAUGAGUGCAAUUUCCUAGACAAAGUCCAGUCAAGUCACAUUAAGCUAGUCCCUUUGGGGCUGGUUCACUUAAUUAAGUCAUCUACACAGCAGAAGACCGUUAAGAAGCCACAACCACUCCACAGGAGCUGUUUAUGCUGUCCUAUAUUAUUUUUGAUGGAAAAUAUUGGAUUUUAGGACUUUGAAAGGUCCAUCUGGAGAUAUGGGGACAAAUGUGGAUAUGGGGAUACUUGUGACCAUCCUUUUUUCUUCAUGAGUUUGUUUAUUUGUAUUUCUGCUCAUUGCAUUGACUAACUCUUGCACCAGUGGAGUAUGACAGACGGGCACAUGUGGGUGACAUGCUGAGGAAAUAUAGUUUUUCCUGCAUUAGAAGACACCCAGCAGGUGAAUUCUACCACUCUUGCGGCUCUGUAAAUGUUAUGGCUUGUUAUUUAUGAAAA